AUGCCGCCGAAGCGGCGACCUGAUCAGUUGCCUGCAGCGUGCGAGGAGCUUCGUGCAGCUCUGGUGAAAGAAGGAGGAGACGUCACAGCAGCUGGGAUUGCAGGAGUCGAACGUGGUCUGAGGCAGCGAGCUUUCAGCGCACUCAACAGUGCGCUGAAGGCAUCGAAUGCGGAGAAGUACGUGGAGUUCUCCAAGCUGAAGUUCGACGAGGAAAAGCGCCAGUGGCUUUCGGCUUUCCUCAUAGAUCCGAAGUCUGGCGGGUCGUUGAUGACGAAUACGGUGGAGCGCUCCGUUGCCAGCAUCGAGAGGGGCAGCUGGGCGUGGAUGACGGUCGAGGAGUUCGGGGGCCCACGAGGUUGCAACUCGAUGGAGCACGCCAGGAAGAGGUGCGAGGGCAAGGAGUUCCUCGAGCGCCCUCACGAGUCGCCAAUUCUCGCAGACGAGGGCGUCAAGCAGUACUACUGCCCGCUGAAUCACGAGGACGCCUUCACGAAGACCAAGACGGAGAGCGUAGCGCUCGAGACCAAGACCGACUUGCCCGAGGACAGCGUCGACGACAUCAGGGCCAUGAUGGAGAAUCACGGAUCCAUCACAGUCCCGACUCUACCGAAUACUAAGAGGCGUCGCAAGGACAUCUCACCAUCGGGAUCUGGAGCUACUCCGAGCAAAGCAGAUGCAGAAGAACACACAGACCUGAGCCCAGAGGACAAGGCGAAGUUGGAGCUUGAGAAGCAGCUCGCCGAGGCGCAGUCGCGACUCAAGGACGUCGUGAAGAAGGCGAAGGUCCAGUACGACAAGGUUAACAAGGAGCUCGGGGAGGUCGGCGCCAUCGAGGACCGCAUCGCGUCCAAGUCGGGCCACUGGGGCGAGGGGCCGCUGACCUUCUUGAGGGAGCAGACGCAGCAGCAGAAGGAGAACAACGAUAACCUCUUCAAGCUGUGGGCCAAGAUGAAGAACAUCGAGAAGCAGGACAGCGUGGAGGCGUACGAGUCGUGCGCGAAGGAGCUCUCCGACAGCAUGAAGAACGUGAAUGAGUUGUACACCAUCUACCGCAAGAACGUGCUUGCCGACUUCCUGCAGUUCCGCAAGAAGUAA